AUGCCCAAGAAUUCGGCGGAAAUGGUGGCCAACAGUUCUAAUAGGAAGACUUACCGGUGCAUGCUCAGGAUAUGUUGUACAAGGCAGAGAGAUGUGGCCAGUCAUGAGUGUGGAUGCGGUACCCUGGCUCAGGUAUUGGCUCGCUGCUGGUGCCCUCUCGCUGUUGCGACCUCUGAGUGCAACAACAGUGUCCCCCAUGGGGUUGAAGAUGGUGGCAAACACAUGUCGAGCAUCGGAGAUGCCAAGAACCGCCCGGUUUCGGUUACAAAAGGGAUGGCGUCCGGCAAGGAGUUUGGAGCAUCCGUUGUGACACCACCCAUCUCGAGUCUAGCGGGUCAGGAGUCAGAAGAGGAAGAGGGAGAAGGGCAAACAUUGACGCCACUUGCUGUCUACCCGGUUGCCCCUCAACGCCCGCUUCUGACAGGAAGCGAGACCGAGGCGUGA